AUGGAUGACAAGGGCUGCAAGAUUCAUGCUACUGUUAGGAAGACUUUGAUAUAUCGAUUUCAGUCUUCGCUAACUGAGGGAAAAGUAUACCAGAUUUCCUACUUUGGUGUGGGCGAGAGCGGACGUGAUUUUCGCCCGAUCGAGCAUCCAUUCAAGAUCAACUUUGAUAUUCAGACUUCUGUACGACUACUACCUAACAAGGCUAUCAACAUAACGCCAUGUAAUUGGAAUUCUAACGGGCGCAAGUGGAGAACAGGAGUUCGAAAAGGAUGUGUUCGUGUUGAAUGUGCUUUUUUCGGGAAAUAUGUUUCUGAGGUCAUUGGUUAUCUUUCAUCGGUUGAUGCAACCAAUGCUGUCGUGGUUGUACAGUGUUGUAAGAUCAAGUCAUUCAAAGGUAAGACUAACAUUCAAAACGUUUAUGGUGCUACUAAGGUCCUUUUUAAUCCUCAGAUUCAAGAAGCUGCCCCUCUCCGUGCUCGCAUUAUUGACAAAACUCCAUCAGUGUUUUCAUCUAUAGCAGUACCCCCGUUAUCAGUGGAAAAUUACAACUACAGUACCCCAUUUAAUUCAAAAGAGUUUGCUGAUUGGUUGCUUCAAGUGGGAGACGGAACAGUUACAACCAUUGGUGAAGCCGAACCACUCAUUGAGAUUUCUCCAGAUCUUCUUAUUGAACCGUGUAAGGAUCCCUUACUUGAAAUAGUAAAUUUUUCAUAUCCGAAACUUUUGAUGAAUUUGGAAAAAAAUUCAUUCUUCCAAGGAAGAGCAAUCCUUGCACCAACACUUGAAAGUGUAGAGGAAAUAAACAACUUUAUGUUAGCUAUGAUUCCUGGCGAUGAAACAGAGUACUUGAGUUAUGAUACUCCAUGCAAGUCCGAUGAAGAUUCGGGUGUCAAUGCAGAAUGGUUUACAUAUGAAUUCUUAAAUGAUUACAAAUGCUCCGGAAUCCCAAACCAUCAGAUUAAACUAAAAGUCGGUGUCCCUAUCAUGCUUAUUCGAAACAUUGACCAAGCUGCAGGUAUAAAUAAAAGUCAAGCAGCUUAUUGGUCAUCUAACUUGAAGGAUAAUUCAUUUGCUAUAAGGUUAUGUUGCUCAAAUAUUGAAUUGGUAGCAAAAUUCAACUUCAAGUUUGAAGUCAUUAUCACUGAACAUGGACAACAAGUUCUAUUAAGCGAUCAUGCUGUUGACAUUUUUGUCAUUUUUUAA